CGAACAAGACCUCUUGAUUAAACUUGGCUAACACUUUAGCAUGGAGCACGAGUCAGUUCAUCAAUAGACCAACAAACAAAACAUGGUACCAGCAGUACAUUAUGAAGUAAAAAAAACACAUUAAGUGAGGAGUUGUGACAAGCGACAUGGAUUCAUUAAAGCCACCGGAGACGCUCAAACUUUCGGGAAAUGUCGACAGCAACUGGCGGACCUUCAAGCAGCAGUUCCAGCUUUACAUCACGGCCAUGGGACUGGAAACUAAGCCGGAUGCUAGGAAGGUAGCGCUACUGCUAACUAUAGCAGGCCCACAGGCGAUAGAAGUGUACAAUACUUUUGUGUAUGAAGAGCAGGCUGAUAAAGACAAACUGGAUAAAGUGCUCGAGAAAUGUGAUGGCCACUGCUCUCCCAGAAAGAACGAAACAUACGAGAGAUAUGUAUUCCGUUCACGUGUGCAGCAGCAUGAGCCUUUUGAUAGCUUUCUGACUGACCUGAAGCUAAAAGCACAGUCAUGCAAAUUUGCUACGCUGAGGGACUCCAUGAUACGGGACCAGAUCGUUUUUGGCGUGGAGGAUAACAAGGUCAGAGAAAGGCUGCUAAGGGAAACGGAGCUGACAUGUGAAGCAGCUAUACAAAUCUGCCAUGCAAGCGAGUUGUCCCAAAUGCACGUCAGGACUUUCAGCGAGAUGGCGGGCGCGGCUAACGUGAGUGAUGGCGCAGCAGUUGGUGCGGUCUCCAGCCAAGGCAAAUGGCGCGCACAGACGCGGCCUACACAGCGGUCGGAAGAAGGGACAUUCAGCUGUAAGCGCUGCGGCUCGAAGCACAAACCACGACAGUGUCCGGCAUUUGGUAAGCAAUGCUCUAAUUGCCAGGGCCAGAACCAUUUAGCUAAGCAGUGCUUCUCAAAAGGAAAUGAGAGGAAGAAAGGAAAGUCUGUAAACAUAGUGGAAGACGAUGAUUUAAGUGAGACAUUUUUUGUGGACAAUAAUAACUAUGAAACUGGAUACUGGUGCAAAAGCAAACCUGAUGAGCCUGUCUGACAUCAAGGCAAUGAAAGAUAAGCCACAAAUUAAAAAAAGAACACAGGCACUAAAAGAUUAUAAUGGAAAGAAAAUCAACAGUUUGAGCGUGUGCAUAUUAAAGGUAACCUCAAAAGGUAAAGUGCACCACCUACUUUUCUCUGUCGCUGAUGGACUUGAUUCACUGCUGAGUGAUAAAGCAUGUGAAGAUUUGGAACUUGUCAAGAGAGUGUAUUGCAUCAACACAACUAAUGCUCACGUGGUGGAGGGGCAGCACCAGGAAAGCCCCGCCCCCUUCGCACUCCGUCACCACGGCGAUGAAGCAGGGAUUGGCUGAGCAGUAGUGGUUGUCAUGGACACCGCGUGUGAUUGGCACCCCGUCGUAGCUGUGCUCCUUAUUGGACGGCUUCCCGAAAACGUGACGAAACUUUGAGCAUCGGAAAGACGAGCGCCACGACAUCUGGAGAGAGAAUAUUUGUACAUUGCCUAACAGAAAAAGAGACGCCGGGAUCCGGAGUCAUGGAUGAUCCUGCGGUCCUGUGUCCUGGAUCGCGAGCCCUGGAUCUUGAGUCGUGGCUGUGGUCCUGGAUCAUAGGUCCUGGAU